AUGAAUUCUUCAACUGGAAAACCUCUUGCGGAAAAUAAUCAAGCUCAGCCUGUAUUUUCAUACGCACAGGCUGCCAAGGGCCGAACUUCGACUAUUACAAACGGCUCUGUCCAACUACAUCCAUCUAAUGCGUCAACGGCAUCAUCAGGAACUAGAGACGCAAAUUCUCCGAUAACAACUGCUAUUCAAAGUUACAAAAAAGAAGAAGUGAACAUCAAUGGAAGCUACGAAGCUUGUAAUAGUCUAGAACCUUCAGCAGAUGAACCAUCAGUUCUAAACAGCGCGCGAAUAGAUCAUUCUAUCACUACCCUCAACUCUCCUUCCAACGUAGAAGGCAAUACACAGCUGUCUUGCAAGAAUGAGGGUAAAGAUGAAGAAGAGAGCUUGGCUGGGAGCUCUUCUGAUCCCGCUAGGGAACUUAUUUCUACAGGAAAUAUGAUCAAAAAGCAAAAGAGUGUAGAAAUUGAUGUCGAGGUUGAAAAAGACGGGGUCAAGUCUGACGUUCUCGUCCCUGCACCAAUUCCUGCUGUGAACUUCUGGCAACAAAGAAAAGAGAAACUUGCAAAGGUUCAAACUACCUCGAAUGUACACAGUCUCAAACUGCCAGUUGAAUGUCCAGGCUCAACGGAAGGUGGGUUGAAUAUGGCUAGUAAAGUUUUGGAACCAAAAAAGCGAAAUAAACAAACCGGAGCAGAAACCAUCGACCGGCUACCAAUAACAAACUACAAUGGAGGACCUCGUGAGACAUUUGCUCCUAAUCGAAUAGCAAAAAAAGGAGCCGAAGGACCUAAACUGAAGGAGGAUCAGCUCAGCAAGAAAAGUGGUUCUCGCGGAAAUAGAUCAGUCGAGAGAGAAGAAAAGUCAUUGAGCGCGUAUGCCCCCCCUCCAGUUGAAGAUCCAACAUCUUGGCCAACACCCGAAAAUGUACUGGAAGAGGAUAAGCGAAAAGUACAAGAAAAGCAAGACAAGGAAGAUAAAGAUGAAGCUGCCUCUCACAAACCUCGACCUAAAGAGAAAUGGGUACCAGUGCCUUACAUACCAACUGUGACGUUUAACACUCCAAUGCCCUCGAGGGGUGGUCGUGGCCGCGGAGGUUCAAGAGCUGGCCGAAAUGAGUCUGGUCCUCGAUCAAACCACACACAAAACCUCAUCUCGCCCGGAGAAAAGCUAAACCACACAACACCCGAAGGCUCCAGCCUUUCAAUAGAGGUUGAAAAGAGAGACACAAAAGAAAUCACACGAGCAACUUCUCUUCCUCCUGUUAAGCGUCACCAAAACGAAGUCAGUUUUCGUAAAGCUUAUCCACACUCGACCGAAAAAAUGAGAUCCGGUAACCCUAGGAGCGAGCCCUACAAUCUUCAUGAACCCACCAGCAUUAAUGAGUCUAACAAUCUUGAAGUUAAUCCUGAUCAGUGCCGUAGUCAUGAACUAUCCCGUGGCGAGACUUCUAACGGUAUCAAACAUGAUUAUACGAAUAUCCAAUAUAAAAAUAUUUCAAGUGAGCGUCGGAAUGAACUAGCUUCAAGGAAUAUUGAUCAUAAAGAUGGUAACCUACAAAAAGAAUUGAAUCUCCCUAGCAGAGAAAGGUCAGAGGCCAGAUCUGAUCGUGGCCGAGGAAGCUAUCGUGGCCGUGGUGGGCACUCCAACUAUCUCAAUGGUCAAUCUCAUUCUCAGUCUAACUUUCAGAGUUCUCUUGUAAGUCAACAACAGAAUGGGUACACGAUGAGACAAGCAACUAGUCCAUACAGCCCACCAUUAACGACUCCAUUCAAUGCGCAAUUCACAACUCCGUCACGAGGCGGGAGAGGGGGGCUUCGAUCUCAGUCUAUUCCUAACGGCGGUCCCUAUGUUCGCUUCGCGCAAAAUGGGGCAUCGGUACCUCAUCAAUUAACAACGAUUCAAACAUCUGCUCCAAUGUACGAUUAUGUUCCAAUGCAGGCAAUGAGCGCUACAACAUAUCAACCAUAUAUCGACCAUUAUUCUGUGCAUGCUAUGGUUAUCAUGCAACUAGAAUACUAUUUUUCUAUCGACAAUCUUUGCAAAGAUGUGUUUCUUCGAAAACAUAUGGACUCGCAGGGCUUUGUCUUUCUAUCUUUCAUUGCUGGGUUCAAACGCAUACAAGCUCUCACACAAGAUUUCGAAGUCCUCAGGUUUGCCUGUCAGGAGUCUGAAAUCGUCGAGUUAAUUCACGGGGAUGAUGGAGUAGAUCGAUUGCGUAGGAAAGAGGGUUGGGAAAAAUGGGUGCUCUCUAUGGAAGAAAGAGAUGAAUCAACUCGAAAUCCAGGCCCUAGUUAUUGGAAGCGAUUGCCUCACAGUCAAAAGUCCCAGUUUAUGGGACAGAUGAUCCUCCCGAGCCCGCACUCAACUACUCCUCUCGUACCUUACGCGACCAACGAAGCCAAUUUCCGAUCUCACGGAAAGGGUGGGCCCAUAUCUUCUCCUUUGAGUGCUGGUGAUGCUUACCAGCCAGAGACUCCACUCUCAGCUGCCGUACCAGCUUUCUCACCAGGUUUAACUUUUUCCAGCGCUGACACUGAACUCCUCGAUGCAGAGACGACUUUUAACGACGAGGAAGUUGCCAACUUAACCCUAGUUUUUGCUCAUCCAAGAAGGGACGAAGAGCCAAAUUUCACACAGACUUAUAAAUCAACAUCAAGAAAUUUUUCCAAUGGCUCUAUCGAUCUUGUUUCACUAACUGAUGAGACUUGCAAUAACUCAUGUCACGACAGAUCCCUACUAAACGGUUCUAAUAUCUGCGAAAUCCUCCCGGAAGGUAACUCUUGUCCUGAUACUCAGCAUCUGCCCCUCUCACCACCACGAUCUGAUAUCAGUAAUGGGCCUCCCGUCAUGUGGGUCAAGGGACAGAGACAACAGGUGCCGGUGUCUGAACAUAAUUCACAGGAGCUAUAUGUCACUUUUCGUGCACGAGCCUUAAAGAAUAGAGAUCUUUCAGCUCACACAUCUACAAUUACUCAUCCAGAUAUGAAACUUCUCUAUGAAUUUUGGUCUCACUUCUUAUGCCGUAAUUUUAAUUCGCAGAUGUAUUCUGAAUUCCGAUGUUUUGCUCUGCAGGAUGCCCAGAUUGGCUUGAACAAUGGGCUGAACAGUUUAAUAUCUUACUACGACGAAAUACUCAACAGUAAGAAGAAAGUAAUUCCUGAGGUUUUUGCCCGCCACUUUGUUGACCUUGUCAAACUGGAAUCAACAGAAGAUCGUCCCGCUUUUGAACGUCUUCGGGCUGCGUUAUGCAAUGAUUCUCUUGACAUCGAAAGCAGAAGAAAUAUCGAUAACCUUGUUGACGCAAAAUUAAGACAAGAUCUUGAACGAGUCUGA